AUGGGUGACAGCUUUGGCUGGCAUACGCAUGCCGGAGUCCCCCAAGGGAAGGAGUGUUCUGACAGUUUUGAUAGUUGGAACGGCGUGCUCGCUCAUGCGUUCUUCCCCCCAGACGGCAGAAUCCAUUUUGACGAGUACGAGUGGUGGCAUCCCUGGCAGAAGAAUGUACUUUUCCGGGCGGCUCUUCCAAUGGUUGCAGCACAUGAGAUCGGUCACGCUCUGGGCCUGGAGCACUCGUCGGUAAAGGAAUCCCUCAUGUGGGCAUCAUGUUGCCAGAGCACUCUCUACCAUCUCAGGGAUGACAUCAGUGGCAUACUAUCCUUAUAUGGCUACGGACCACAGCAAGACCGCACUGUUUAA